AUGCCACCGUUGACGAGCGAGGGCGGAGUGUCAUCAAUGUACAAUGUGGUAAGGAACAAACUGGCCAGCUGCUCAGCACUCAGGCCGUCAUUGGCAGCCGGGCCUACGGGAUCGGCCGGGAUCAAAAACUUGAGCGUGCCCACGGUCUGUGCGCCGCCCGAAACCUCGCGCAGACUCGUGAGCUCCACGCGCGUUUCCGACACCGACAAGACGGUGGCCAGCUCGCUGGCCAGCGUAGCGGAAAAGUCAACAAACGCGGUCAACACGUAUACUAUGGGCGUGCUCGUUUUAACACAAACUACUAUGAGUUCAACUACUCCAGCUGCUAGUACCACCACUACCUCAGCAACCACUACCACUGCAGCCACCACUACAACUGCCGCAGGAGGUGGAUCAACCACGACCACUGCGGCCACCACGACCACUACCACUGCAGGAGGUGUAUCAACCACGACCUCUGCGGCCACCACUACAACUGCAGCAGGAGGUGUAUCAACCACGACCUCUGCGGCCACCACUACCACUGCCGCAGUGAGGGUUUUCUUUGUGGACCUGCCUUUAGCCUUGAUUCUUUUGGACAUCCUGUGCUCACAACUACCCCUCGUAUCUUCUCGCAGCUUGAGCUGGCGGCAUCAGCAGCUUUGA